ACUAAACAAGGCUCACUCAGAGUACAGAAAAUGUUUAAUAGAAUAGACACACUUUUCUGACGAGUACGCAAUUAUUGUGGGACGUGAAAAUAUUUUAUUAAUUCUUGAGUGCAGUAACGUGACCGAUUGUGAGGUUAGAAGAUGUUUGUGCUCGUCGAAUUAAAGGAUACAGUGAGGAUACCACCGUACAGUUUCAAGUGCAAAUUAAAUGACGUUAUCGCCGACAAACUGAACAAGAAGCUCGCCAAUAAAGUUUACCAGAAUGUAGGUCUUUGCAUUACGCUGUUUGAGAUUACAAAGAUUGAGGAGUCGUUUAUCUUCCCGCGGGAUGGAGCGUCCCACACGACAGUAUCGUUCAGAUAUAUUGUAUUUCGUCCUUGGAUAGAGGAAAUACUGAUAGGAAAAAUCCGCAGUUGCAGUCCGGAAGGUGUACAUGUCACAUUAGGAUUCUUCGAAGACAUCGUCAUACCACCCCACAAGUUGCAACAUCCGUCGCGUUUCGACCAAAUGGAGCAGGCAUGGGUCUGGAUAUACAAGACCGAAGACGGGGAGACUCAUGAUCUCUUCAUGGACGCAGGGGAAGUUAUACGAUUUAGGGUAGUGAAGGAGAUCUUUACGGAGGUAUUGCCACCAGCAUCCAACGUAUCUCACGACGCAACUGGCGAGACGUCAGAGGCAAAUACUAUUGCUCCGUAUGUUUUACAUGGAUCAAUUGACGAGCCGGGUCUGGGUUUACUCACUUGGUGGGAAAACGCAUAAUUUAUUGAUAUGUUAUGAUAAGAGGCCUGAUUAAUUUAUAUACAUAAUUAGAUACGAAUAAAUUGAUUGAAGAGCAA